AUGACAGUUGAACGUUGGCUAAGGCUGCGGGGAAAGGGUCUGGCCAUGCUGCAUGUGACCCGAGGGGUCUGGGGAUCCAGGGUCCGAGUAUGGCCCCUGUUGCCCGCGCUCCUCGACCACCCCCGGGCCCUGUCAUCGCUGGCGGCCAAGAUGGGGGAGUACCGCAAGAUGUGGAACCCCACGGAACCCCGCAACUGGUCCCAGCAGUACCGCGAGCGGUUCAUCCCGUUCUCCAAAGAGCAGCUGCUCCGCCUCCUGAUAAAGGAGUUCCAUUCCAGUCCUGCGGAGAAGGCGGCUUUGGAGGAGUUCGUGACCCACGUGAACUUUUGCACCUUGUUCCACUACCAUCACAUCCUGGCCCAGCUGCAGGCCUUGUAUGACCCCAUCAACCCUGACAGGGAGACCCUUGACCAGCCUUCACUUACAGACGCCCAGCGUCUGUCCAAUGAACAGGAGGUGCUUCGGGCUCUGGAGCCCCUGCUGGCCCAGGCCAACUUCUCCCCACUCUCAGAGGACACCCUGGCCUACGCUCUGGUGGUCCAUCACCCUCAGGAUGAGGUCCAGGUGACGAUAAAUUUGGACCAGUAUAUCUACAUGCAGUUCUGGGCCCUGGGCCAGCGAGUUGGGCAGAUGCCCCGUAAGUCCAGCGUGGGCUUCAAGCGUGGCUUCUUCAAGUCGCCCCCUGCAGAGAGGAGAUACUUUAAGAGGGUGGUGCUAGCAGCCCGAACGAAGCGGGGGCACUUGGUGCUGAAGAGCUUCAAGGACAUGCCGUUGGAGGGCCUGGAGCAGCUGCUGCCUGAGCUGAAGGUACGCACGCCCACCCUGCAGCGGGCCCUGCUCAAUUUCACGUUGGUCGUCUCGGGUGUGGUGUUCUUCGUCAAUGUGGGCAUGGUGGUGCUCUCCGACCUCAAGAUGGCCACCUCCCUGCUGCUGCUGCUCUUCACUGCCUUCAUGGGCCUGCGGGCCUCCAAGAUGUUCGGACAGCGGCGCAGCGUGCAGGCGCUGGAGCUGGCGCACAUGCUCUACUACCGCAGCACGUCCAACAACUCGGAGCUGCUCAGCGCCCUGGCCCUGCGCGCGCAGGACGAGCACACCAAGGAGGCGCUGCUGGCGCACAGCUUCCUGGCCCGGCGGCCCCGGGGGGCGCGGGGCCAGUCGGAAGAAGAGACCUCCCAGUGGCUCCAGUCGGAGGUGGAGAACUGGCUUCUAGCCCAGUCAGGCUGUGACGUGGCCUUCAACGGAACUCGGGCCCUGGCCCACCUGCAAGCCCUGACCCCCAGCAUCGGGAUGUACCCGCCCCCGGGUUUCCCCAAACUAGACCCGUUGUCUACUAUCACUUCCCCCAAGGCCGCACCACCCAGCACUGACGACCCCUUAUCGAAACCUCUCUGUCCCGCCCCGCCCAGCCAGCUGGUUGGGAACUAA